UCUCUCCACCCUCUGUCUCUCACCCCCCCAUCACACACUCUCUCUCUCCACCCCCCUCUGGGUGCGCAGAGCCGAGACAGUUGGUUUGCUCCGCUGUGUCUGAGAGCCGUGGAGUGUUGUGUGUGCCUGUUAUUUAGGUCUGUUACAGCACGCUAGGAGCAGCUCACCCCGAGCACAGACGCUGCCUAGCCAGCCUGCGAACAGCCACGAAGGAAAGCAGAAACAAGCAGCGUGAAAGAGAGACACAGUCACAUGGAGAAAAACAUAGAGCGAAAGAGGAAACGCUUAAGAGUGCAAAACAGCAGGAUCAGCCGGCACGUACAUCCAGAGUAAAGGAAUUCCAGCCGGGGGGAUUUAGUGCCGUCGUAGCUGCGGGUGUUGUUGUUGGGGAUUUUUCUGACGUGACGUGAGACAGCACGGUAUCGAGAAGCAGGAACAGAAGCGAUAGUUUUUUCGUCGGAGGUGGACAAUAUGUUUGACUGUAUGGAGGCUCUGGGCAUGGGUACCCGCCAACUCUACGAUGUCACCAACCGGGGCGCCUGCAUGCUUCGAAAGGCGAGCCCCUUCUAUGCUGGACUGGACCCAUUUGCCUGGACGGGGACGGCAAGCGUGCGGUCUGUGGAGACCCAGAGCACCAGUUCAGAGGAGAUGGUGCCCAGCUCACCCUCUCCACCACCUCCACCUCGUGUCUACAAACCCUGUUUCGUCUGCCAGGACAAGUCUUCCGGGUACCACUACGGUGUCAGUUCUUGCGAGGGGUGCAAGGGUUUCUUCCGUCGCAGUAUUCAGAAGAACAUGGUGUACACCUGCCACCGCGACAAGAACUGCCAGAUCAACAAGGUCACACGCAACCGCUGCCAGUACUGCCGACUGCAGAAGUGCUUCGAGGUUGGCAUGUCCAAGGAAGCUGUGCGCAACGAUCGAAAUAAGAAGAAGAAGGACGUUAAGGAUGAGAUCGUCCCUCCAGAGAGCUACGAGCUGAGCGGGGAACUGGAGGAGUUGGUUAACAAAGUGAGCAAAGCGCAUCAGGAGACCUUCCCAUCACUUUGCCAGCUGGGAAAAUAUACUACAAACUCCAGCUCAGAUCACAGAGUCCAAUUGGAUCUGGGCCUGUGGGACAAAUUCAGCGAGCUUUCCACCAAGUGCAUCAUUAAAAUCGUGGAGUUUGCCAAACGCCUUCCGGGCUUCACCACCCUCACCAUCGCAGAUCAGAUCACCCUCCUCAAAUCAGCCUGCUUGGAUAUUCUGAUGCUCCGAAUCUGUACACGAUAUACACCAGAGCAGGACACAAUGACUUUUUCAGAUGGAUUGACCCUCAACCGGACUCAGAUGCACAAUGCUGGCUUUGGCCCACUUACAGACCUCGUGUUUGCUUUUGCUGGUCAGCUCCUGCCGCUAGAGAUGGAUGAUACAGAGACCGGCCUCCUCAGCGCCAUCUGUCUCAUUUGUGGAGACCGAAUGGACCUUGAGGAGCCCGAUCGUGUAGAUCGUCUUCAGGAACCCCUCCUGGAGGCUCUAAAGAUUUACGCACGGCGGCGGCGACCCAACAAACCCCACAUGUUCCCACGGAUGUUGAUGAAGAUCACUGACCUGCGUGGCAUCAGCACCAAGGGUGCAGAAAGAGCUAUAACUCUAAAGAUGGAGAUCCCAGGCCCCAUGCCACCUCUCAUCCGAGAGAUGCUGGAGAACCCAGAGGCCUUCGAAGACCAGGCCGAGAGCACAGAGAAGAAGCCCGAGCCUGAACAGCCGGUCCCUCCUCCAGCUCUGCUGAAUGUGAAGAAAGAGCAAGAGGAUGAAGACGAUAGCUGGGCCACGGAGAAUGGCAGCGACCCCUCACCCGAGGAGGAAGAUGACGACGAUGAGGACGGAGAGGAGGAGAGAGGUACGGACAGCGACGGAGAAGCCUGGGGCAGCCAGGAACCCAAUGCGGAGGUGUUCAAAAAGAGCCACGAAGGAAGGGCUCAGUGAGAGACGCAAGCGCUCUUUUUCCAGCCAUACCUGUACAGACAUUUCUAACUCAGGCCACAUGGUCAACGAUGAGAGACAUAAGUGAGUGGAUUUGAGGCAAUUCACGUAAAAAAACUUUUCUCAGGACCUCUCGAGCAGAAAGAGAGGGGUUUUGAAAGACAAAACAACAGGCUUUUCAGACAAAAUAUAACGCUUUUUAAAAAACCUUUUUGUUUGUUUGCUUUGAAAAGGAGAAGCCAAAUGGACUUAUUACACUAUUAACAGCAGACCUUUAACGGGUUCAACAAAAAGUUCUUCUACAAGAAGAAAAUACAGAAUGGAAACUGAACGUAUAGUCCUUUUCUGUUGCUUUUGAAUAUCCUUUCAACCUUUUCCACCUUAAGAUAGUUUGUUGUCUUUACAUUUUAUGAAUUAGCCCAUACAUAUCUAUAUAUAUCUUUAUAUAUUUUUUUCUGUAUUUUAUUUUCUUAGUUAUAUUUUGUUUGGAUAGCUUUUCUGGGCAGAACUACAGAAAGAUAAUCGGAUUACUAUAACUGGCAAACCUCCGCUGGGUCUUUAUCCAACCGCUUGGUUGGAUUAUCGGGCACUUUGGCCCAGCAUGGAAGUCAUUGAUAAUCAGUUCAAUGGCAGAGUAUCUUCCAUUGACAUUUAGGAUGAGCUGUGUUUUUAAAGGACUCCCGUUCCAUAUCUGUUCUUAUUGCAUCAUAUUAUUCGCUGCCAAUUGAUUGGUGUGUCUGUGCCAAAGUUAGCGGCUUGUAGGGUUCAUUGUCUGUCCUGGAGCCCAACUCCAAACACAACACCCACAUGUCCAUUACCCAAAUAGCAUUGCGUCAUACUGGACCUGUUUCAUUCGACAUGCUCACUCUGAAAUUAUGCAGCGCUUUGUCAAACUCAAGAUAUGGCCAAUUAUGUGUAUCAUUACGCAAUUUGACCUCAUUGGGUUUGACACAUAAGGAUAACUACAUCUGGAGGACUUUCAGAAACUCAUCAUAAUAAAACGCAUACUGAUUUCAAACACACCCACUCUUAAAAAGCUCAUUAUACAUGUAUUUAGAACUCUUAGUUAAAAUUCAGACUCAGGGCAUUUCUGUAAGGACCAAACGCUUGCCGUCUGGCAGGCAGCUUUGAAACAGGCAAUAUUUAUGUAUGUUGCGUUGUAGAAAUCCCGCUGUCUUACUUAAAUGAAGCAUUUCUGUUUAUCAUAAACAGUCAUUGGCAAAUGUCUGCCUCUUACAAAUAUACAUUACCUGUAAUGUCUUGACCCAUUUAUUGCCAAAAACACACCAUAUGCAAUUUGGUGGUCAUGAGCCGCUGAAAAUACUUGGAGUUGUCUCAGUCAAUUAAUAUAUGACUAUGACCAGAACUCAGAUGUGUGUGUGUGUUUGUUGAAUCUGAGGAUGGCUGCACUCAAUAAGCUGUAGUAUACUACAAUGUUCAAUGAAUGUUAUCACAGUGGUGCUGUCAGAGUGUGUGAGCUGCCAUACUGACCUCUUUCCUCCUCAAGAGUUGCACCACAGCCACACAUAUAGCAAUUUUGAGAUUACUUUGUCAUAACUCUUUGUAAUAUUUUUGUUCUCUUAGCUUUGGAUAAUGUAUUGUCAAUACUAUGUUUGUGUUCAACGAAUUCUGUUACAUAAAAAAGCCAUAUAAACAUUAAGAGGCACAAUAAACUUUUUUUUCCGAGAAACCUC